CCGGCGGGAGGGGGCUGCGCGCCGGAAGUGGUCCCCGCCCGGCGGGGUCGGGGCUGCGCGGCGGUCCCCGAGCGGCGGAGGCGAGGCGGGCGGCCCGGAGAGAAUCCCAGCCCUGGCAGCGGCUCGGAGCGGGUGCUGGGCCACGGCGCCCUUCCCUGAGGGGACGAAAACACCUCGGGGAAGGAAGAUUUCUCACCGUGGAAAUUAACACAGCAGAAGUAGCCAAGAUGUCUGUGGAUCCAAUGGCCUACGAGGCCCAGUUCUUUGGGUUUACGCCGCAGACGUGCAUGCUUAGGAUCUACAUCGCGUUUCAGGACUACCUGUUCGAGGUGACGCAGGCCGUGGAGCAGGUCAUCCUGAAGAAGCUGGACGGCAUCCCGGGCUGCGAGAUCAGCCCCGUCCAGAUUCGUAAAUGCACGGAGAAGUUUCUUGGCUUCAUGAAAGGACGAUUUGACAGCCUCUUUGGCAAAAUGGAGCAGCUGUUUUUACAGUUGGUUUUGCGUAUCCCGCCAAACAUCUUGCUUCCGGAGGAUAAAGCCCAGGAGAUGCAUCCUUGUGGUGAGAAAGAAUUCCAGCUUCUCCAGAGAGAAAUUGAAGAGUUGCAGGAGAGAUACAAGACUGAAGCACGCGCCCAGCAGGCCCUGCUCGCAGAACUGGAGGAACAGAAAAUUGUUCAGGCCAAACUCAGACAGACACUGGCUUUGUUUGACGAGCUCGAGAAUGCUGGCAGAGAUCAGGGGACUAGUGACUUUAGGGAGAGCCUGGCGUUCCUGGUCCAGAACUCCAGGAAACUACAGAAUAUUAGGGACAGUGUGGAAAGGGAAGGCAAAAGACUGAAAGUAUCUUAACUUCUAGGCAGUAACAGGACCCGUCAGUAGAGUCACAGAGGAUUUAUGUCAAGGAUGAAUCUUACUCUCGUGAACCAUACAUUUCUCGGCUUUGCUUUGUUUGCGCUCUCUUGUACUCCGCAGCCCCCUCUUUUUUGGCCUGCUCUCCUGAGGUGUCCCCACACCCGCCUGGGCUGAUCUCUGGAGCAUCUGUCCAUCCCUGUCCCUCAGAGACUCUAGUAGGUGGGAAGGGUCCCUGGUUCAGUAACAACUCACUGCGGGGCACGACUGAGGAGGCAGAGCCGGCUUGGCCCGUCAGGGGUGUUUGUAAACGUUCCGCCUUGGUCAUGAGUCCUGUGUGACCUUGAUCCUUUUGACUCACUCUUUGGAUGCGAUCAAGUGAGAAAAGGGUUAAGUGGGUGGCUUCCUUAUUACCCAGCCACUGCCCCUGGAGAGAGCCAGCACAGACUGCCUGCCCGUGUCCACCCCCGUGUCUUACGUGGGGAAGUUAGCCAAGGGACAGAAGCAAGCAGAAAACACACCCGUGAUCUUUAGUAAAGAGGAAAGAAGUUGUUUUUGUUCCUAAAAUAAAUCCUUUCGUGAUCAGGCUUUCGGUGACGGGAAACAGUUUGCUGUCUGGGAGCCCAGCCGUGGAAGACCGUGCGUGGACAAAGAACCGGCCGAUCUCUCCGGAAUAGAAAGGGAAGCCUGGAAUGCAGCCAGGAGCAAGGUUUAUAUGAAAUGACCGCUAGGUAUUUGUAUAAUUUUUUCUCUUAACUUCAGUUAGUUUUGGAAUCCGCGCUGUGCCUAAUAUUUAAUUAUCUUAUUUAUUCACACUCCUAAGCAUCAAAUAUUUAGUUCCCACAGUGGGAAAUUUUAGCUGUGUCUUGUGCUUAAAUUUAGUGGAGUCUAAUACUUUUCUUCUGUAACCCAUGUACAGUGUCCUGUCCCCAGAGAAAGAGGAUAAAUAGUGCUGCUUGCCUGCCACGUCUUCCUAAAGAACAGGGUUUGGAGUUUCUCCUUUACAUGGAAGAGGAACUCAGGGCGUUAAUAUUUGUGAUUAAAUAUUCAUAGAUUAAAGAUGCCUGUGUUUACCUGGAAUAUGUGUAUCAUCAAAGAAAGAGCCUUUUCUAGUCCUGUACAUUAAAUGCAUAUAUUUUAAAGGCUUUGGUUUUUGAUUUUUUGCUGUCUAGAAUGUCAUGAUAUAUUUCCUUUUUCAGUAUGACCUUCUACCCAAAUGAAAAUUUUCUAUUUUUGCAUUUGUAGCUUAUUAUUGCUAUUCUUUUCUAAGUAACCUCUAUGUCCAACGUGGGGCUUGAACUCCUGACCCCAAGGUCAAGAGUCGUGUGCUCCACUGACUGAGCCAGCCCGGUGCUUCAUGCUUGUAGUUUAUUUAAAAUCUCCUAGUAUAGAGGGUUAGAUGGUGAUUCCCCCCAGAGGCAUGUCCGUGUCCCAAUUCCUGGGACCUGUGACCGUGGCUUAUUUGGAAAAAGGGUCUUUAGCAGGAAUAAUCAAGGAUCUGGAGAUGAGGGGAGUGUCCUGAAAUGUAUGCACGGGGCCCCGAAUCCAACGACCAGUGUGUUUAUUAGAGAACGGCCCCGGGGAGAUUUGAGACGAGACGAGGAGGCAGUGUGACCGCAGAGGCAGGUGGGAGUGAUGUGACCACAAGCCCGGGAUGCCGGCAGCCACUGCCGGCUGGCAGAGGCAGGGACCAGACCCCCCGCUAGAGCCUCCGGAGGGAGUGUGACCCCCUUGUUUUGGAUUUCUGGCCUCCAGAACCGGAAGGGAGUGUGUCCCUGUUGUUUCAAGCCACUGGGUCUGUUACACGUUAUGGUAGCCACGGGAAACUAAUACACCUAAUUAAACCAGCAUAUUCAUACUCGGAAGGAGGGAGGCUAUUUAUUGAGGAGACAGUGCCUGAAAGCUGGUGGUCCCAUACAUGCAGUAAGAGGGUUUGUCUGAAUGCUGUUAAAAUAUAGACGUGACCUGGACAGAAGGGCAAAGUCCACGGCGUUUAGAACUCAGGAGUUUGUGUUACGUUGAGUGAGUGCUUUGCAAUUGGCCGCUACUCAUACCGUUUGCCACGGUAGCGUCUCAGCAGGUGCAGUCACCCACCUGGCCCCAUCAUCCUCUAAGAAUUCAAUUCCUCCCCCAAAGAGUCAGAAGUAAAUCAGGAUAAUAACCCACGCUUACCCACUCUGCUUCCCGGCCCCUCCCAUCCAGCCUCCGUCUUCCCCCGUUCCCUGCUCCCCUCUACGCGAAUCCCAACCUUCGGUUUCCUCGGACGCCUUCUCCCCUGCUUUCCUAGUACGUGUUCCCCCUCGGUGUCAGGCCCGUGCCCGCUGGGUACCCCCGUCCUGCUGCCGCGGCACCAGGCAGCUGGUAGACAGUUGGGCGCCGUGUUAAUGGAAAGUAAAGAGCAGACAUGGGUACCGUUACAAGGUGGGGAAAGGGCGGUAGAGUGUCCCCGGAUCGAGAAGGCUCUGAGACCAGAGAGCAGCAGGCGACCCCACGCAGGUAACAGUUUCCUUCGGGGUAACUUACUGACGCGGGAUCGGGCGGCCAACCAUCCAGCUGCCCGGCUCUUCUCGGCCACGUCUGGCCCUCAGUCCGCAGACUUUUACAGAGCAAGGGACGAGCGGUAGGACCUUGUGGUGAGGUCACAGGGUUCACGUGCACCUGAUGUACAGCCAACCUUUGAUCAGAUCACGUGGCGCCACUACCUGUACAUCAGGAAGGGGAAAGACUGUUAAUCCCUACCAUUCAUGGGAGGCCGAAACAGACCUCCCCCGAUCCUGACCUGGGUGGGCGUUUCUAAGGUAUGUGUAUUAACCUCCACGGGGCCCGGAACACGUGGCCGCAAGAAGGGUCGUGGGGAGAACACGAGCAAGACGGAGGGAUGUUGUCAGCCUGCCUCCGACUACCGACUCCACAUGAGGGGCGGCCAGGUAAGACGUUCCGCGCUCGGUUCCGGUGCGUGUAUGCCGGCACGGGAUGGGGGGGUCCCCAUACCGUCAAGUAACUUUUGGACACCACCUGGGUCUCCUACAACUCAACUCAAUUCUGACCGUAUAUACGCCGUGGUAACAUCACAUUCACCAGUCCAACGAGGCUGCCCCCUCGUCAGACGCCAGCCACAAGCCCAGGUGGUUAGCCUCUGCUUCUGACCAACUGCCUGUCAGUCACAGGUUCCCACGACCCCCUCCUCGGGCUCAAUUUGCUCCAGUGGCUCUCGGAACCUGGGAGACCUUUUUACCGUUAGACUAACAGUUUAUUACAAAGGAUGUAUGAAUCAACAGCCAGAUGGAGAGAUACAUAGGACGAGGUCCCAAACGAAGGAGUUUUUGUCCCUGUGGGGUUUGGGGCCAGUGUGGUGGCAUGUGGGAGCUUUCCAAACCCCCUCCUUUGGGGUUUGUAUUCAGGCUGCGUCACAUACAUCAAUGGCCAUUGGUGUUUGAGGUUGGACCCCUACCUCACACCAUGUACCAAAGAGAACCCAAAAUGGAUCAAAGAUCUAAAUAUAAAUGCCAGAACUGUAAAAAUGCUUGGAAGAAAACAUAGGCUUAACUCUUCCUGAGCUUGAAUUAGGCAGUCGUUUCUUAGGACACCAAAACACAAGGAGCAAAGGGAAAAAGAUCAAUGACAUCAUCAAGAUUAAAGAUCAAAAAAAAAAAACCUUUGAUGGGGCACCUGGCUGGCUCAGUGGGGGGAGUGAGCGACUCGAUCUCGGGGUCGUGAGUUCGAGCUCCGUGUUGGAUGUAGAGAUUACUUAAAAAUAAAAGAUAAAAAUCAAAGAUUAAAAAAACCUUUGUACUUCAAAGCCAUUGUCACGAAAGUUAAAAGGCAGUCCACAGCACGGGAGAAACGUUUUGCAAAUACACGACCCCAAGGUCAAGGUCUUGUAGGGUUCACCUGCUGAGCCAGCCAGGGCCCCCAGCUUUUUUUUUUUUUUUUUUUUGCAUUUUUUCAACAGGCCCAAUUUUAUUUUAUUUAUUUAUUUAUUUUUAACGUUUUAUUUUAUUUUUGAGACAGAGAGAGACAGAGCAUGAACGGUGGAGGGGCAGAGAGAGAGGGAGACAAAGAAUCGGAAGCAGGCUCCAGGCUCUGAGCCAUCAGCCCAGAGCCCGACGCGGGGCUCGAACUCACGGACCGUGAGAUCGUGACCUGAGCUGAAGUCAAACGCUUAACCGACUGAGCCACCCAGGUGCCCCAACAGGCCCAAUUUUAUAAAGGCGCAGAGGAUCUGAAAAGAUACUUCUUCAAAGAAGGUAGACUGGUAAACACAGGAAAAGAUUGUUGACAUCAUUGCCAUCAGGGAAAUGCAAACCAAAACCAUGAUGAAAUUCCACGUCAUACACACUAAGGUUAUGUCUUAAAAAAGGAAAAGGUUAUCAGAUGCUUGGGGGGCUCGGUCGGUUAAGUGUCUGACUCUUGAUUUCGGCUCAUGUCAUGAUCUCACGGUUCAUGAGUUCGAGCCCCACGUUGGGCUCUGCACGGCAGUGCGGAGCCUGCUUGGGAUUCUUCCUCUCUCUCUCUGCCCCUCCCCUAUUUGUGCCAUCUCUCUCUCUCUCUCUCUCUCUCUCUCUC